AUGUCUGCCACGAACAGGAGACACAUGUCCCCGAUAUGGGCCCCCGGGAUCUUUGGUGCGUCAAAACACCACGACUCCACUAGACCACUACGCUACACUCUCACAUUCUCCUCGCCUACUGUAUAGACAUACUAACCUACCAACUCAACCUAAACAGAAGGCAAAGUAGUCCUUUGCACUGGCGGAGCCGUAAUCCCCCCCCUUCCGUUCAAUCCCCACUCUCUGACAAAAUCCCACAGGGCUCAAUUUGCUCCACGCAAGUGGCAGCGCUGGUCGAACUCGGCGCGAACGCUAGCAUAAUCGGACGGAGAAAAGACGUGACGGAAGCCAAAGCCGCAGAGCUCCAAACACUCCGAAGGGGUAGCAAAGUCCUCGGCAUAUCCGCCGAUGUGCGGGACUACUCGGCACUCGUCGCGGCGGUGAAGCGGACGGUGGAGGAAUUGGGAAGAUUGGAUUAUGUCAUGUACAUUUGCUCCCCAUGGCGCUUUCCUCCUCUGAAGGAGAAGGGAGUGGUAAACAGCUGUUAACUGGGUGGGCGGGAUAAUAGCUGCGGAGCAGCCGGUAAUUUCCUGGCAACGGUGGACAACCUAUCCACCAACGCGUUCAAAGCCGUUAUCGACAUCGAUGUUCUGGGCUCAUACAAUACGGUAAAGGCAUCAUUGGAGGAACUCAAGAAGACCCGCGGCAAGAUCAUAUUCGUCUCGGCCACGCUGCAUUAUACCGGCUCGCCGUUCCAGGCUCAUGUUUCUGCGGCGAAGGCCGCUGUAGAUGCACUCUCGGGUGUGCUGUGUGUGGAAUUGGGACCUUAUGGGAUUACUAGUAAUGUUUGUCCCCUCCCCACCGCCUCACGUUGCCUCACGGGCCGCGAAAUUAUUUAGUUAAUGGGAAUCUGGGUGAAAUGCAGUGCAUAGCCCCGGGCCCCAUAGCCGGCACGGAAGGCAUGGCCAGGCUUUCCCGUCCGGAGAUCGCCAGUGAGGCGGAAAGGGUGGUCCCUAUCCAGCGGCUCGGCCGCGCUCAUGAGAUUGCCGACGCUACGAUCUACCUAUUGUCACCGGCGGGAGACUACGUCAGUGGCGAUGUGAUUGUUGUUGAUGGCGGGGCGUGGCAUAGGCAGGGCGCCUUGGCACUCCCGUACCCGGAGUGUGUCACGAGGAAGGGCGUUGUGGAGGGUGUUAAGGGAAUGAAGAGGGUGAAGGAUAGCAAAUUGUAG